GAAGGUCUUGCACAGUGAGCCCGGUGAGCCGCUUAAAUAGCGUCCAGCUCCAGAUCAGAAACCCGGUAAAUUGGACAACAGGAUAGAGCAGUGAAAAAAUGUCCAAGAACAAGGAAAACAGGGACGACGCCAAAGAAAUCAAAUGGGACGUUCACAGCAACGAGCUCUGCCUGAUGAAAGCAAUCAUUAUGUUCAGGCCAGUUGGACUCAUCAAGAAUUUUAAAAUGGCCCUCAUCGUGGAAUGGUUGGCCUCCAAAUUGGACAAACCGAUCAAUUCUGAGUCGAUUUGGAAGCACCUGGAAACGCUUUACAAUUUGAUCAGUUUGGAUGACAUGGAACCCCCUAGCGAGUUCAACGAGGAAGAAUUCUGCCUGCCGAGUGAUUUCGCAGCGUUGCAGCAGUUGAAAGAGCAGUCGGCACCGGUGGAAAAGAAGGCCAAAAGCAAGGUGACCAAGGAGGCGCUGAAAAGAGACCAACUGUCCAAAGAAGCAGUCGUUAUCGUCAGAAAGGAAGUGAUCAAAACGACGAGAGACUCUCCAAAAACGCAGGCAAAAGCCGUAGUUAAAACCCCCCAACCGCAAGCUGCAGUUGUGGAAACAGCCAAGGGCGCCAAAGGCAAGGCAGUGAGCACCCCCAAGACGAGGGAUUCGGCCAAGAAAUCAGAGGUGGCAGUGAAGGAGAAGCGAGAGCCGCGGGAACUGAAAAACCUUGGCACCCCCGAAGUCAAAUCUCAGCCGUCGAGAUCAAAGGAGACGAGGAGUAGCGGGGUUAAACCUACUAAGGAUGAAUCUCCCAUACCAACGAGAAGAAGUUUGUCGACAACCGUGGCGGGGACGAAGCGGCCGACUCGCGGCUCCAUAGCCAGCAGCACGGAUAGCAAGGCGACCAGUCCGGCCGUGUCGACCAACAGCUCUCGGUCUUCGACGCCGGUGCCGCCGCCGAAGAGGAGGAGAAUAUAAAAACGCACCGAUUGACAUGAAAGCUUAAAACAAUUAUAAUGUGUAUUUCGGAAUGUAAAUACGAAUCGUAACAAAGUCACUGCCACAAGUUUGUGGACAAAGUCGCACCACCUGCCGCCGAUCCGAAGGGGCCCAUGUUAAUCGCCGGCUGCGGCUGCUGCUGAGGAUUGCCUAGGUUCAGCUGGCCCAUCUGCUGCGACAGCGGCGGCUGAAAAUGUUUCCAGUGUUAGUGUAAUGAUGACAAGCAAUUUUUCAAGAUAAUACAAGAUGCUGCAUUUCGUCUGGCCAUUUUUU